CCAAAGGAUCUACGUUCUCCCCUCAAACCUCCGGUGCGGUAGCUUACCUGUGUAUCUUUGAGCACAGUUAGCUGUUUUUGUCUGAAGCCCUAGAAUUUUUCUCACUGGGAUCGGUUGAUAUACAGGUAGAUCAAAAGGGUUAAAGAGUUUUCGAGGUUUCUUGAUCGGUUUUGUUCUGACCGAGUCUGAUAUCGUCAAUUCCAUCUGGAUCAUUCUAAAUUGGCGGCAACAGAGCGAACUUUACUGGGAUAUCAUCGUCUGAUUAGAUUAAGGAACAGAAUUCUACAAAAUUUCACCACCUGGACGAAAGUUGCUGGAGUGAAAUAGUGUAGGUUCUAUCACAGGAAUUGGAUUGAAUUUGUAUCAGCUGUGACUGUUGAAGAUAUACUGUUGGAGUUUUGAUUACCAAUGGCCACUCAAGGGGGUCCAAGACCAGGUGGUAAUCCGCCUUAUAACAAUCCUAAUUAUCUAGCUGAUGGUAUGCAGAAUAUGCAAAUUAAUAGGCCUUCUGGACCACCCUCAGUUAUGGGUAAUCAAGGUGGCCCUAGGCCUCCACCCAAUUUUGGACAACAACAACCACCACCUCCUUUUCCGGCUUCUAGUGCAGCAGCUAUUCCCUCUUACUCUGGAGGAACACCAAUGUCUAGACCUGGUCCACCUCCACCUGGAGUUCUUCCUAGGUCUUCAAUGCCUCUUGGGGGUCCUCCUCCACAGAAUAUGGCUUUUAACAACAGACCUUCUGGUCCUCCUGUUGCUCAAAAUCCCUCACCUUUUGGGUCAAGAAAUCCUUCUUCUGGAUCCUUUUCCCGUCCUGUUAGCAGUUCAAGUGCUCAUCCCCCUCCUGGUGCAUUGCCUGGGUCUUUCCCUGUAUCUGGACCUCGAAUGAGUCCUUUUGCCUCUUCGCCUAUGGCAACAGGACCGGUUGCUCCUCCUUUUGUAACAGCAGAUUCAUUUGUUAAUGGGCCAAGUUCAUUGCCAGGUGCACCUCGCUUUCAAGCCCCAAUGAGACCUCCUCAAACUAUUAUGUCAACUGGUGUGCCCCCACCCACUCAGACACAUUCUUUUCCUGGAAGUCCACCUAUAGCAUCAUCAGCAGGUUCUAUGCAGUCAGUUACCCCAUUUUCUGCUCAACAACCAGGUGCUCCCUUUUCAGUACCAUCACCAUUCUCUGCAUUACCUCAAGGCAUGCCUCCUCCAGUUUCUGCUUUUGGUGCUCCGCCCGGUACAAUGUUAUCUCAUCAGGGGAUCCCGCCUCCCCAAUUUCAUGGUUCGGUACAGCCACCCAGAAUGUUUGGUAUGCCACAACAGCCGCCAAAUCAAUCUAUGGCUGCGUUUUCACCUGAAGUGGGUCACAUGGGGACAUCUAUGGGAACCCCACAAAAGAUUGAUCCCAAUCAGAUCCCACGUCCCACUCCUAACGCCUCAGUUACUCUGCAUGAGACUCGUCAGAGCAAUCAAGCUAAUCCCCCACCGCCUGCUUCGAGUGAAUAUAUUGUCCAGGACACUGGCAAUUGCAGUCCGCGAUACAUGAGGUGUACCAUCAAUCAGAUACCUUGCACAGUUGAUCUUCUGAAUACAUCUGGGAUGCAACUUGCUCUGAUGGUCCAACCACUUGCUCUCCCUCAUCCAUCAGAGGAGCCCAUCCAAGUUGUUGAUUUUGGUGAAAGUGGUCCUGUUCGAUGUUCCCGUUGCAAAGGCUACAUAAACCCUUUCAUGAAAUUCAUUGAUCAGGGAAGAAGGUUUAUUUGUAACUUGUGUGGUUUUACAGACGAAACACCUCGUGACUAUCACUGCAAUUUAGGUCCAGAUGGAAGGCGCAGAGAUGCAGAUGAAAGGCCAGAGUUGUGUAGGGGAACAGUUGAAUUUGUUGCUACAAAGGAAUACAUGGUGCGUGACCCUAUGCCGGCUGUGUUCUUCUUCCUUAUUGAUGUGUCGAUGAAUGCUGUACAAACUGGUGCAACUGCUGCAGCAUGUAGUGCAAUCAGCCAAGUGAUUGCUGAUCUUCCGGAGGGUCCAAGGACAAUGGUUGGUGUUGCUACAUUUGAUUCAACUAUUCAUUUUUACAAUCUGAAACGAGCUCUGCAGCAGCCCCUAAUGCUCAUAGUUCCAGACAUACAAGAUGUUUAUACUCCUCUGGAAACAGAUGUUGUUGUUCAACUUUCUGAGUGUCGUCAACACUUGGAGUUGUUGCUUGAAAGCAUCCCCACCAUGUUCCAGAAUAAUAAAACUGCAGACUCAGCUUUUGGAGCAGCAAUAAAGGCUGCAUUCCUGGCAAUGAAACCUACUGGAGGAAAACUUCUAGUAUUUCAAUCAGUUUUGCCCUCUGUUGGUAUGGGAGCGCUCUCAGCUAGAGAAGCUGAAGGAAGAACAAAUAUCACUGCAGGGGAAAAGGAGGCCCAUAAAUUGCUCCAGCCAUCAGAUAAAUCUCUGAAGUCUAUUGCUGUUGAACUAGCAGAAUACCAGGUCUGUGUUGAUGUGUUCAUUACCACCCAAAGUUACAUUGAUAUUGCCUCUGUCUCAGUUAUCCCAAGGACUACAGGAGGCCAGGUAUACUACUACCAUCCAUUUUCAGCAGUGUCAGACCCUGCCAAGCUGUACAAUGAUCUUCGAUGGAAUGUUACAAGGCCACAAGGAUUUGAGGCAGUGAUGCGUGUAAGAUGUAGCCAGGGAAUUCAAGUUCAAGAAUACAUGGGAAAUUUCUGUAGGCGCAUUCCAACAGAUGUUGACCUACCUACGAUUGACUGUGACAAGACAAUAAUGGUUACAAUGAAACAUGAUGACAAACUUCAGGAUGGAUCAGAAUGUGCUUUUCAGUGUGCUCUUCUAUAUACAACUGUUUAUGGCCAAAGAAGAAUCCGAGUUUCUACAUUAUCUCUACCAUGCAGCAGUCUACUGAGUAAUCUAUUCCGGGCAGCUGAUCUUGACACCCAAUUUACUUGUUUCUUGAAGCAAGCUGCUAAUGAAAUUCCUUCCAGUCCACUCAUUCAAGUGAGGGAAAAAGUCAUGGAACUCUGCAUCAAUAUCCUUCACUCGUAUCGUAAAUUCUGUGCUACCGUGACAUCCUCGGGACAACUUAUACUUCCAGAAGCGCUUAAACUGCUGCCUCUGUAUACACUUGCUUUGGUGAAGAGUACAGGAUUGAAAACAGAUGGGAGAAUAGAGGAUAGGUCAUUUUGGAUCAACUACGUUUCCUCACUUUCUACUCCUUUAGCUAUCCCAUUUGUGUACCCUAGAAUGAUGGCAAUUCAUGACCUUGACUCCAAGGAAAUGGAUGGAUCACUUGUACCUCCUGUUAUCCCCCUUUCAAGUGAACAUGUACAAGAUGAUGGAAUAUACCUUCUUGAAAAUGGUAUUGAUUGUUUGAUUUACAUUGGAAACUCUGUGAAUCCCGAUAUCACGCGGCAAUUGUUUGGUAUUUCUUCACCCGAUGAAAUCCCAACUCAGUUUGUACUGCAGCAAUAUAGCAAUCCAUUGUCCAAGAAAUUAAAUGAUGUUGUCAAUGAAAUAAGGCGUCAAAGAUGUUCAUAUCUACGCAUGAAGUUAUGCAAGAAAGGGGAUCCAUCAGGAAUGUUGUUCUUCUCGUGCAUGGUGGAAGAUAAAAGCCCAAGUGGUCUCUCCUAUGUUGAGUUUUUGGUGCAUAUUCAUCGACAAAUUCAGAAUAAAAUUACAUAAAUCCCCAUAUACCUUGUAUUUCUUAGAGGACUCUUUGUGGGAGAAAAAGCUCAAAUUAAAAUACAAUGAGUUUUGCUUGGGUGGUGGCAGCAGCCCGAGAGCAAAAUCUUAGCCAAGAACAGUUUUGAGGCAAACAGGUCUUACUUACAGUGGUAGUAGUGUCAAGCUAAUAAUGGGUAUUUUAUUUUAUUUCAUUUCAUGGUUUUUAUUAUUUAUACACCCAUUUGUUUGUUUUGUUUCCUAUGGUUUGCCCCCCUUCUGUAGACGAUAAUUUGUGUAGACAUGUUUGUUGAUUGCGAAGGAAACUCCAUGUUUGUAGAACGGUUUUUGGCUCAGAUAUAGACAUUAAUAGUCGACUAUUUAAACCGGAUUUGUUGUGUUGAACUCAUUUUUCUUUGUUGGAUAUAAAGAUUAUAUUACUAGCUUUGUCCUCAUUGAUUGAUAUGAAGGUGGAUAUGUUUGAUUUGGUUUA